AUGGAUUCCCAUUCCCCUCCUCUCAAGACGGCCGACUACAUCAUUGUCGGUGGGGGCACAUCAGGCCUAGUGGUGGCGAAUCUCCUCUCGGAGGACCCCACGGUGUCGGUUUUGGUGUUGGAAAGUGGUCCCGACCGAGCAAAAGACCCUCGUAUCACAGACCCCAUGGCCUGGCCAAGUUUGUCGGGCUCGGAGCUCGACUGGCAGUUCAAGAUAGUGUCCCAGGAGGGACUGAAUGGACGCUCCCAAGAACAUCCGGCCGGACAUGUCCUGGGCGGUUCAUCAGCCAUCAAUGACCUGGCAUUUGUCCCUCCAUCCGCUGCGGGGCUGAAUGCCUGGGAACAGAUGGGGAAACCCGGUUGGAACUGGCAGACUUUGUCUGUCUAUCUCCAGCGCUCUUUUAACGGACCGGGCCCGAUUCAAUUGUCCUCUCCGGCCCUAGCGCAGGAGGGAAACCAGCCUCUCAUUCAAGCCUGGAAUCGUGCCUUCAGUGACCAGGGGUAUGCUCAUGCCAGUAAACUGGUCCUCGAAAAGCCGACCGUUGGCACUAGACCGUACACUGCGACUAUCGAUCCUAAUUGCGUCCAGCGAAGCAGCGCAGAUGUUGCGUAUGGCGCAGUGGCAGCGCAACGCCCGAACCUGACUAUUCUGACGGCGGCAACGGUCCAUCGCAUUGUGUUUGACUCGCCAGCUGUCGGGGACCGGCAUCGAGCAGCCGGGGCCUUGGUUGAAAUUGCUGAUAACCCAGAUCUGGAGCUUGUUCGGGCGAGUCGAGAGGUAGUGCUUGCAGCGGGAGUCUUCCAGACCCCCAAACUACUGGAGCUCAAUCGGGGCGUGGGAGCCAAUGUGCAAAACCAUCUGAUGGCAAUGGUUCCCUGUCCACUGUCCCGCAUUCCUGAAACAGAGGAUCUGAACCCAGGAUUUCAAGCCCUCGCCUUUGUGCGACUCGACAACCAGGAGGAUCUGCGUCUUCUGGACCAGUUCCUAUCGUCCGAGAGAUCAGCAACUUCGGGGCGCACGCAGGCCAUUGAGUCAAUCCUAGCUAAUCUAGAUGAAGCUUCAGCCUGCAUAUUCCUGAGCACAAUGCCUGGGCCAGUGGCAUUGCUCGGUCUGAUCCCGUGUUUUCCUCUGUCUGUCGGUCACACGCACAUCGCCUCUGCGGAUCCCCAUGCAAAACCCAGCAUUGACCCGCAGUUCUUUUCGCACCCGUUGAACUUGGAGCUUAUGGCUCGUCAUUGGCAGGUGGUGCAGCGCCUUCCUAUUGCUCCUCCCUUACACAAGUUCUUCGACCGUGGUGUGGCUCCCACCGAGGCCAGUUUGGAGAUCACCAAAGCCGCAGUGCGGGAGAACGCACUCACAACGCACCAUGCCUGCGGAUCCGUCGCCAUGCUACCGCUCGAAAAGGGGGGAGCGGUCUAUUCUACGCUGACUGUCUACGGUACCACAAAUCUUCGGGUGGUAGAUGCCAGUGUCUUUCCUCUGAUGCCCCAUGCGAACCCGAUGACAACAGUGUACGCGGUGGCGGAGAGAGCCGCAGACAUACUCAAGGGCUUGUAG